AUGGGAAAUGUAUUUAUGGUGUUAAUCCCUUUGGUUCACGCUCUCGUGAAACUAGCAGGAUUAACACCACAAACCAUAGAAAUAGAGCCCGGAACCUUGAUGAAUAUAUGGGUUCCUAAAAAUAUUGUCACAAAAAGUGAUGGAAAAACUGUUUACUUGCCACCCACCAAGCCUGCGGUUGUACUCCUCCAUUCUUUUGCAUUGGACGGUAUUUUAACAUGGUUUUUACAAGUUUUUGCUUUGACCAAAGACUAUUCCGUAUACGUGCCAGACUUUUUGUUCUUUGGUGGCUCUAUCACGGAUAAACACCAUAUUUCGUCUAGUUUUCAAGCCGAGUUUGUGGCCAAAGGGUUGGAGAAGCUAAAAGUGGAUAAGGUCACAUUAGUUGGGUUAAGUUAUGGAGGGAUAGUUGGGUUCAAGAUGGCCAAGUUGUACCCGCAAUUGGUCAAGUCCAUGGUGUUGUCUGGAACUGUCAUAGAGCUCACUGAAUCCAUUAGCCAUGACUCGUAUAAGCGAAAUGGUGUCUCUAGUUGGUCGGAUCUUGUACUCCCCACUACCUUAGAGGAGUUGAAGAGAAUGUUUUCGGCUGGCUUUCAUAAAGUCCCAUGGAUUCCCGAUUUUGUUUAUCGGGACAUGCUUGAGACUAUGUUUUCUAACCGAAAAGAGAAGAAAGAACUACUGGAAGAAUUGGUUGUUAGUGACAAAGAUGCAAGCUUCGAUACAAACUACCCUCAGACCAUACAAUUGUUGUGGGGUGCUAAUGACAAGUUCUUCGAUCUCGGCCUUGCUACGUCCAUGAAAACGCAAUUGGGCGAGAAGACAACGUUGGAAUCGAUAAAGGAUGCAGGGCAUUUAGCCCCGAUAGAGCAAUCAUCUGCAUAUAACAAACGCCUUAAAUGUGUUCUUGAGCGUAUGACGAAAGAUCAAUGA